AUGAGUCAAUCAGACGUGUCACGGACGCUGGAAACGAUAUCACAGAAGCUCAUACCCAACACCAAUCUCGUCCACCCACCCAAGAAGGCCCAAGAUGCACAACUCACGGCGACAAUCGCAGACCUACAUGUCCACCCGACCAUCGAAGCACUACUACACAUCCUCAACCAUGACUUGGAAUCUGCACAUUUUCUAGUGCGGCACAUGCAGGCUCCGCCAGCUGUGGAGGGGAUGCUGCUACACGGUAUUCUGCACCGCGCGGAGGGCGACUUCAACAACGCAAGAGCCUGGAUAAGCGACGUCGCAGACGCAUGUGAAGGCUAUCAACCCAAACACAAAGAAGAUGGUCAGAAAUUGGAUGCUGAAGUCGCGAAGCAAGUUGGCAGCAACUCUUCCAUCUCGUCUUCCCUGAUCGAAUUCGUCUAUGGCGAUGAGGAGCCUAAGAGUCUGAUCGACGCUGUUGAGCAGUUUCGAGGCAAGAAGAAGAGUGAGAGAACGGAUGAUGAGGAGGGCAUUGAAAAGAGGAUAAGAGGUGAGGCGGAGAAGGUGCUGGAGUGGUGCAAGAACAAGUUUGGAGAUGGGGUGUGGGAGGAUGCGACGAAGGCUUGGGUCAAGAACAGCGAGGAAAUUAGCAAGAUCAGUGGGGAUAUGGUUAGUGGUGGUAAGGGACAUAGGGAAUUCUGA